AUGCCUUCUUCUCAUGGCCAGGGUCCACCGGGGCCUGGAGAGUUUCCAGGAAGUCCUCCUGGGAUUCCUCCCGGCACCAUCAUCUUUGGGCCCAAGGGCAACUGCACUCUCGACAUCUGCCCCGUUGAGUACUCGGUCUAUGGCUACCGCCCAACCUUAGCCGUCAAUAUCGCCUUCAUUAUCCUCUUCGCCAUUGCAGCCGGCAUCCACCUCUAUCAGGGAAUAAGAUGGAAGUCUUGGUUCUUCAUGGCCUGCAUCCUUGUUGGGUGUGUGUCUGCUAUCUUGGGGUAUAUAGGACGUGUGAUGAUGUACUAUAACCCGUUUAACUUUUCGGCGUUUAUGCUUCAAAUCACCUGUGUCACCACCACACCUGUCUACUUCUGCGCCGCAAUCUACAUAACAUUAGCCAAGAUCAUCGUAUACUUCUCACCCAACCUCUCGCGCUGCCGUCCCAGUUUCUUUUACUGGUUUUUUAUACCCUGCGACUUCUUCUCGCUCGUCAUCCAAGCUGCCGGCGGUGCCUUGUCUACGACCUCCAAGGGAACCAGCCAACAAGGCGUCAAUCUCGCCCUGGCCGGCCUCUCAUUCCAGGUCUUCACCAUCUGCACCUUCUGUGGUCUUAUGGGAGACUAUUUGUACCGCUACUUUCGCUCUGGAAAUGCAGCCGGCACAAAGCUCGGGUGGAAACUGUACACCUUUUUUACGUUUCUGUCCUUGGCUAUUUUGCUCAUCACGAUGCGUUGCACGUACCGUCUUGCUGAGCUGCACGACGGGUACAGCGGGUACAUGGUCCGCGACGAAGGGUUAUUUAUCGGUCUCGAGGGAGUGCUCAUUCUCCUUUCUGUGUACGCAUUGAUGCUUGGACACCCAGGCCCCGUCUUCAAGACGGCGGACAGAAAGCAAAUUAGUUUGGAGAAUCGUGGCUACGAGCUUAGGGAUGACCCUAGUAGCAAUACUAGCGUUCAUGGAAUUUAG